AUGGCUAAUCGGACAAAAAAUGGGCCUAAAUUGCCUGUGCAACAGCUGGCUAUUCUGGCCGUCGCUCGCUUCGCCGAACCCCUGGCACUUACCUCCGUCUUCCCCUACCUGCCCGAGAUGAUAGCGAGCUUUGGCGUCGAAAAGGACGAGGUCGCUCGCUGGGCUGGCCUGACUGGCGCAAUCUUCUCCAUCUCGCAGAGCCUGACCGCCGUCUUCUGGGGCCGUGCAUCCGACAAAUUCGGCCGCAAGCCGACUAUCUUGGUUGGGCUGGCUAGUACCAUGACGUGCUUUUUGAUCUGGGGCAUGGCGACCAGCUUGCCGAUGGCGAUUACCGUUAGGGCGAUCAUGGGGGGCGGGAAUGGGAAUGUCGGGAUCAUUCGUACCAUGGUCGCCGAAAUGGUGCCUGAAAAGGAGCUCCAGCCCAAGGCCUUCUCGCUCAUGCCUCUGGUUUGGAGUAUCGGUUCUGUGUUUGGGCCUGCCUUUGGCGGCUUCUUUGCUCGUCCGGCCGAGCAGUACCCCAACGUGUUUGGCCGGAUCGAGCUGUUCAAGCGCUUCCCGUUCUUGCUGCCGAACCUCAUGGCCUGCUGCGUGUUCUUCAUCUCUUUCAUGACCGGCUUGCUGUUCUUGAAGGAAACCCUCCACAGCAAACGCCACCACCGCGACUGGGGCCUCGUGUUGGGCGAGAAGCUCACACGUCCCUUUCGUGCCAGGCGUAAGAGCCAACAGCACCACAGACGCCUCUCCUUUGUCGACGACGAGGCAUCAGCCCCCCUCGUUCCGCAGUCGCCCGUGUCGACCACCGAGCCAGCUACCCCUAUCGAAGAGCAGCCAGUCACCAUUAAGGAGAUUUUCACUCCCCAGACGAGCCUCAACCUCCUCUGCUACACCAUCCUGGCCUUUCACUCCGUCGCCUACGACCAGGUCCUUCCGGUCUUCCUGAACUACCCCCGCCUGCCACCUGAGGAAGCCCAUAUCAAGCUCCCGUUUAAGUUUAUUGGCGGCUUCGGCCUCAGCUCCGAUAAAAUCGGCACGCUCUUUACCAUCUACGGCGUGGCCUGCGGCCUGGUGCAGUUCUUCCUUUUUCCGAAGCUCUGCGCCCGUUUUGGCGUGCUGAAUGUCUAUCGCGCAGCGUGCGUAAUCUUCCCAAUAAUCUACUUUCUCACUCCUUACACAGCCCUCCUCCCCACAGCCCACGCGCGCUACGCCUUCCUACUCGCCCUACUCCUCGCCAAAGGCUUCGUCGUCAUAGUAGGCUUCCCCUGUACCACCAUCCUGCUCACCAACUCUGCCACAUCUUUACGCAUCCUGGGCACCCUCAACGGCUUCGCCACCACCUUUUCUGGCCUCGGCCGCGCGUUCGGCCCUGCCCUAACAGGCAUCGUCUUUAGCUGGGGCGUCGGGAAGGGCUAUGGAAUCGCGCCGUGGUGGAUGUUGGGGGGGAUUGGGUUAGUGGGGAUUAUUCCGACGAUAUUUAUCGUUGAGGGGGAGGGGCCUUCCAGGGGGGCGAGAAAUGUUUCGAGGGAAGAAGAGGAGGAAAGGCAGAGUCUGUUGCGAGAGGAGGAUUUGGAUGAGGAUGUGGCGGUGAUUGAUUCGGUGGAUGAGGAGUCGGAAUCGGGAAGUGAGAGCGAGAGGAGGAGGGAGACGAGGAAGCGAAAGGGUUAUGGGACUUUGGGUGGGGAGGGGGAGGUGAAUGGGGAGUCUAAGUGA